ACUGUAGGAGAGGAACAAUAAUUUUCUUCAAUUUCUAAGGUUGGAGAGCCAAAAUACUUUACAACUUCAGACCGAAGAAAAGGCCAGAGGUGUGAAGUUAAACUCUUCGAUGAAACAGAGCCUUCUUUCACAAUGACAUGUUGGGAUAAUGAAUCCAUUCUACUUGCACAGAGCUGGAUGCCAAGAGAAACAGUAAUAUUUGCCUCAGAUGUAAGAAUAAAUUUUAACAAAUUUCAGAACUGCAUGGCAGCAACAGUAAUCUCAAAAACCAUUAUCACAACUAAUCCAGAUACACCAGAAGCCAAUAUUCUGCUGAAUUAUGUAAGAGAAAAUAAAGAAACAGAUGUGGCUGAUGAAAUUGACAGUUACUUGAGAGAAUCCAUAAACCUAAACACAAUAGUUGAUGUCUAUACAGUGGAACAGUUGAAAGUAAAAGCUCUGAGAAAUGAAGGAAAAGCUGAUCCUUUCUAUGGCAUCCUCUAUGCUUACAUUUCUACAUUGAACAUCGAUGAUGAAACUACCAAAGUAGUUAGAAAUAGAUGUUCCGGCUGUGGCUAUAUUGUAAACGAAGCCUCCAACACCUGUACAAUUUGCGACAAGGAUUCUUCCAGACUUCAGUCGUUUUUUCUCGGUUUUGAUGUGCUGGUUGAUCUUACUGACCACACUGGGACCCUCCAUUCCUGCAGCCUCACAGGAAGUAUUGCGGAGGAAACUUUGGGCUGCACGAUAAAUGAGUUUCUUGCAAUGACAAGUGAACAGAAAACGAAACUGAAGUGGCAGUUUCUUUUGGAAAGAAGCAAAAUUUAUGUAAAACUGAUUUUAUCACACAGAGCAAGGGGUGGAUUGAAAGUUAGCAUACUCUCCUGUAAGCUUGCAGAUCCCACCGAAGCAAGCAGGAACCUGGCUGGACAAGGACACACUUAAAACCAUGUUUUGUUUUAAAAUCUGGAAAAGUAUAGGAAUUUAACUCUUUAAAAAUGGCAUGUUUGAGAAUUAUGUGUAAAAUUACAUUUGGCCUAAAUAUAGUAAAACUAUUUCCUAGGUUGUCACUGUUUCCUUCUGGAGUUGGCUCAGCUACUUUGAAGACCAAUAGCUUUGCCUGUCUCCUCUCACACUGGAAAGUAUUUGCUUCUGUGCAGUAAUAAACAUGCUGAUCUUC